UAUGGUGCGGAUAUUGAAGCCAGAUGUUUUGAAGGACAAACUCCUCUUGUCGUAGCUGCCAAGCGAGGAGUCCUUGAAGUCGUUGAAGAGCUUCUCCAAUAUGGUGCCAAGGUUGACUCUCUCGAUAAUUUUGGUUACUCGCCGCUCCAUUAUGCCUUAAUGGAGGAUCAUACGGAUGUUUUUAAAAUUCUGUUAAACCACAUAUUUACAGAUUAUGAGCUACUUCUGAGAACUCAUAUUUUGCAGUCUCUUCGAAAAUCUUACCUGACCACCUUAUUACGAGAUCAAGGGGAAAAUGCCUAUUUUUACGAACAUUAUGAUGAAGAGAGAUUUCAAGAUUACACUGACACAUUAUUUCAGUUUUUGAUGACAAUGGGUCAAGCUUUUCCAGAUAAUAAGAAUCUAAGUAUUUUUGUUAAUCAGGAAAUCAAAUCAUCAUUCUUUGGUACCAACAUGGAAUUUGAUAUUGGUAGCGGCCAUCAUAACUCGCCGCGAUGGGAGACUGACUCAGAUCAUGAUAGAUGUGCCAUUGAGUGGGCCAAGUCUCAAACUCUGGGCACUUCCAGUGUAACAGUUUACGAUAUUCUUACACAAAAUGUUCAGCAAU